AUGGGUGGGCCUUUGGUGCGCUUCGUGGAGUUCCGCACCUGCCGGGACUGGCUCUUCGCGGUCACGCCACAGCCGCAAGUGCGGCUCCUGCCGGGGAACCGCGAAGCCCUGGCCGCGGAGUCGCUGGCCCUGGGCAGCUGCACGGUGGAUCUCGCCUUCCUGAAGCGAGCAUCGCGGAGCUUUAACCGCCAGGCAGUCCCCUGUGACCCCGAGAUCCUGGUGAAGGUGGUGGCGGGGGAAGUCCCGGGCCUUUUGUACGAGUGGGACAUUCAGGAUGGCUGGGAUCCGAUCCACUUCACCAAGGUGAGGGUGCAGGUGCUCGCCUUCCAAGACUUGGAGAUCACAGAGCUCUCGAAAAACAGGACCGCGGUGGCUCUGGUGCCGGCGGUGCUGCAGCUGGAGACGGGGUCCCAGGCCUGGGAUGCCGCCGCGAGCCGUCGGGACAAAACCGAGUGGCAGGGCCUCGCCGCGCCCGGCGCCGAUGGAACCUUCGGAGCCAACGCCGCCGCGCUGCCGCGGAACUUCCGGGAGGUGUCGGACUUGUUGGCGCCCCACCGCCUGGUCUUGAAGCACUCGGCAGCCAAGGCCCAGCGGCGAGUAGAGACAUGCCGGCCGGUGUCGGUGAAAGCGGUGCUGGAGGUCCAGAAAAAGUCCAAGCACCCGCGCGCGGAGACCAGUGAGCCAAAGGGGCAGAAGAGGAGGCGCGAGGAAGCCAUGCAGGACGCUUCCGGCUUGCGCGCGCAGAGCGGAAGAAACGGCGCGCGUCGUUCGAGUCGAGCCGCGAGCAGCUUGUGCUUCGUGCCCUGGGAGCCGAUUCCCAUCUUGUACUUGAGGAUGUGGCACAGCUCCGGCGUGGCCUUCCACGAGCUGCCGCUGGGGGAGUACCUCGAAGAGGACGUGAACUUUGUGUCCCUCUCGGUGGCGCGCGACCUGCUGGGCGUGGCGCUCUGCGACAACCGCCAUCGGAUUUGGGUGGUGACCCUGGACCGCUACUUCGAGACCUGUCAGAAGAAGAUGGACUGGGAGCUGCUCAAGGAGCGGCACCGCUGCACGGAGGGCGUGGGGGUCAUGGGCCAGACCUCCAAGGCCUACCAGGAGACUUGA